CCCUGUGCUGAUGGUCUCUUUAGCAGGUUUGGAGACAAUAUUUCUCGCCGCGGACAUGAGCGGAAUCUUCAACGCGCCGCGGAACAGACUGGAGGCGGCGGUGGACAGAGACAUUUCUGCUGCUGUGAGGACAGGAGCUGAGGACAGAGACAGAAGGAGACGCAGUCUCACGCACAGCACUACGUUUCUCCAAUAUUUCUAUGCUCACCUUUCACUCUGCGUAUGUACGUGCAGAUAGGCGCGGAUCGUGCGUGUUUAUGUGCGUUGGUGAGCGUGCAUGUGACGUCGACCGCCGUCUGAGUCCCUAUCUAAUUGGCUAAAUCUCUUGGGAGGUAAAUGACACCGUGACCUGAACCGUGUCCUCGUGUGAACCUGCUGUGAACGCGCGUUUCUUCGCAGCAACUGUUGCAGCACAGACAGUUUUACACUUGACAUCAGAACAUGAUCUAAGAAAUACUAACUUUAAUUUAACUAAACAAAAGAGAGGCAAAGAUCAAAAGUUUGACCUUGAACUGAACUGAAAAGACUUAAUUUUAUAAUCACUGGAUAUUUUAUUUCAACUUGGUUUUGUUAUGCAGACUUAUUAAAGCCAUAUUCUUUUCAAAGUUGAGUUCUUUUAAAAGUUGAGUGCAAAGGAACCCAUUUUCAUGUAGUACCUCAUUCCAGUACUCAAGCACUUUAUCUGGAAGGUUUUUGAACUGAAGAAAGAACCCGUGACUAGGAGUAAUUAGUGGAAAUUGUUUCAUAAUAACCUAUUAUGAGAGUAAAGUGCGCUUUACUUUUUAUAUAUACUGUCAACUGAAUAGAAAUGGAAUUGGCAAAAAUUGGUAUCUCAAAGUCACACUUAAUCAACCGAAAGUUGAAGUUGCUUUUGGCCAAAGAUCAGUCGGAAAAAGAAGUUAUUUAAACCAUAUGACAUGAUUGAUUGUUAAAAUACAAUAACUGUCUCUUGGUGUCAGCUCUGACAAAAAAAUUAAAAUCUUAGAACUAUUCUUAGAACUAUUCCACAUUACAACAAAAAACGAAAUGUUCUUAAUAACUUUCUACAAGAAAUGUUGUGUUCAGAAUAAACCGAGAUGAAUGAAAUAUGACAGAGAGAGAGAGUACGACAGGGUGACUAAAAUGUAUCAAGUUUCUUCAGGGUGUCCAGACGUAAUUAAGCAUUACUUCUGUAAAACCGGUAGAGGGCAGAAAGACACCCUGAAUGGUUUGACUGUGCAGUAAUGUAGGUAAAGAAGAAGAACCAAAGGCAGCGGUGUCGUUCAGUGAAGGUAGUUGAACAGGGAAGAGUUUGAAUGAGUGACUGCGCUAGUUGUGUUCACCGCAAGAAAACCACAUUUCCGGUCCAGAGGAGCGGCUUCUGUUUUUACUCUCCGCUGGAUCUAUGAUCUCCUUCCCACCUCCGCCCUUAUAUGACAGACCGUGUCUGUGGAGUUGUUCCUGGAGAUUCCACCUGAAUCCAUUCCUUGGUUUUCUGCUCCUCUUCCUGCUGCUGCUCCUCACUGACUCCUCCUUCUCCUCCUCCUCCAUUCCACCUGACCCAGGCCAUGUUCGAACCAACUCGCCCAUCUUCACAACACCAGUCAACUGCACCACUGACUGUAAUAAUACUGGUGUCGUUAAAACGUCAACAGAGUCUAAAGAUGUGCAGACCACACCUCAACAGAACUCUUUGUCCCCCACCCCAGACACUAACAACACUGGUCAAGUCUCCAGUCAGGUCAGUGACCAGUCGUUGUCCAACACCAGCAACCUGAAAUUAGACGGCAAUGCAGUAGCAGUUGUACCUGCACUCAACCAAUCAGCACAGGCAAACCAGUCGUCCAAGAACUAUUCCACAGUAAUGCCUUCGAAGGACCCGUACUCCAAUGGAUCCAUUACAAACAGCUCAACAGUUAGCAGUACAACACCAGUGCCUACAACAACAACGACGACGACCACCAAACAAACUCCAAAGGACAAAAUGUUACCACCAUCAGUGACUCUUACAACAGCAAAAACUACAGCCACAUUAACGUCAACAUCUACAACAACCACAACAACAACUGCUACAGCCUCACCAUCAACCACGACUGAAACGCUGAUCACGUCCACAACAGUGACGACAACAACAGCCAUGUUGGCUUCGACCACAACUACAACAACACCAGUCCCUACAACAACAAUGGCACCUCCAACCUCAUUGUCCGGUGCAAACGAAUCUGUUGCUAAAACCACAAAAAAGCCAUCACUUGGCACCGUGGUCGUCCCCGGUUCCACCACAGGUGACCAGAGAAUGGUUACCUCGGGAACAAAAGUCACGGUGGUCAAAGUAGCAGGUGCCGCUCGGAGCAAGCAGCUGGUGGACACCACGUCUUUACUGGUGGUCCUGGUCUUUGGACUUCUCUUCUUUGUGGUCACAGUGGCCUUGUUUCUUAGACAAGCGUACGAGAGCUACAGGAGGAAGGACUACACGCAGGUGGACUACCUGAUCAACGGCAUGUACACAGACUCUGGAGUCUAAAGGUGGAAGACACUCGUCCGUUUGUUUUCAGAUUUAAUUUUGCACUCAGAGGUUAGAGAGAGGUCAGAUCAGGAUCUUCCUUCCUCUGGACCGACUCGAUCAGCAGAUCACCUCAAUGACUGGAGUCACUGUCUCGUAUCAGUAUCUUCUUCUCUCGCUACUCAUCUCAAAUGGAUGACAUUUUGUUUCCUUUUUUCUUUUUUUGAAAAAAAAAAAUAGAAAACCUGGGUGGUUCUGCAGUUACCAGAGUAAAGCUCUAGAACGUUCCGGUGGUCCAGCCUAAACUCAGUAGUUUGUUUGGUGACGACUUGUUUGUUUCACAUGUCGGUAACAAAUAUUUAAAACAAGAAAAAAAAACAUUGUUCCCCAUGAAAAAAGUACAAAUUGUUUAUGUUCUUGACUUGUUAAACGUUGACACAUUUGAACAAAUAACAUUUAAUUUCCCAACUGGCAGAAUUAGGUUAAAAAACACCGCAGUACUCUGUUUAGUACUGCGUAUACUCACCGACUUUCCUUAUAUUUCUGUUGGAAAGCAGUGUUUAGCAGUAAACCCUGACCCUAAGAACUGUGUUUAAUGUAAAAACACCAACAUUGGGGUAGUUCUGUUUGAACUUCCUGGUCAGGAACUGCUGAUUAAGAAUUGUUCCGACUAAUUAUUCUUUGUUCUUUAAUUUAAAUGAAAUAUAACCGUCUUCUAAUAGAACAUUUGUUUUUUGCAAUAUCUUUCCCUGUUAGGGACAAGAAGAUGAUAGCAAUACAGUACAGUGCAUUUAAUGAGUUCUGGAAUAUUACUGACUUCACCUUUACCUCAAACCCUGUUAGCAUGUCACUGGUCUCCAGCUAGCAUGUAGAACCGUGGUCCAUUGAGUGAGAAAACAAACUCUGAUUAGAAGUUAUUUCCAGUGUUUAAGAUGGAAAAUAGAAAUGUGGUUCAAAAAAUGGGAACAUUGUCUUUGCUGUUCUUUACAAUGACUGACUGAGUCACUAAUUGGAAUGAAAAUGGCUUUAAGAAAAAGGUGGAGGUUUUAGCUGAAUCAUUCUUGUAGCUCUCCAAUGAAAUGUGAUUGCAGUUAGCAGAGAGCCAAGAAAGAAAUUAGACUCGACUGGAUUUACAGCCUAGAGACCUGGGAUAAUCAAAAGUAAAUAACCGUAUAGAGAAAUAAAAUUUAAAAAAAGCUCAGUUCCACAGACGUUUCUCAGAAAGACAUUAGAAACUGACAAAGGAACUGUUGUCAGCUGAAAACAGUGUUUCCACGGCUCUAAAUGAAAUCUCCUCAGACGUGGUCUGUUGUGUUGAGGCUCAUGGUGUAAACAGUGCUGUACUGUCAAAGUGAGACCACCACCUCACCUCAGUCCAGUAAACACUGUGAUGGGCUUUGUCGUCGUCUGUCAGUUGCACCUAUUUUCUGCCUUGUGCACUUUAUGAGCAGCAGAGGUUUGGUUUGUGGCUCUUGUUUACUCAGAUGGCAGCUGCUAAACCAGAUGAUGACAUGAAAAAAAAAACACACGUUACUACAGAAACUUGAUUCUAACAUGGGUCCAAUGAAUAACGCUGGGCUGCUCUGCUCAUUACAAUAGCAGCUGUGCAUAGUUAGAAUAAUAUGGUUCUGCUGCUGCUUUAAACAGGUUCUUGAUAGUUUCAUACCUCUAUACCCACAUGACAAAUGACAGUGUUUGUUGUUUCUGUUUUACACAUCAGUUGAACAGUUUAAAGGUACAGUCAGAUCCUCUGUUUCCUGUAAAUAAAAUACAAUUUAUACUUUCCGCAUCUGUGAGUUCGCCAAGGCUCUAAUGUGGUACGGUUGACGUAAAUGGGACACAAUAAAUGUGGGAUCAGGUACACUAUGCCUGGAGAACCAGACUGAUGUCACGUCAGUGGUCGUCUUAGGAGGUGAAUACAAUUAUUGUGUGGUUUUGCCGAAAAAAUCAUUAAGGAAAAGUACGUAGGUCUAUUUUAAGGUUCCGUGUAAAUUUCCAUCCUGAAAUAUAAAACUUUAUCUGUAGCUUCUGCGGAAUCCCAGCUGAGCCAGGCAUUAGUAUCAGGAAGCAAUACUACUACAGAACGAGUUUCUGUUUUUCAGACACUUUGAUAUCAUAUGUUGGUUUGUUUGCUGACAGUAAAGCAUCAUACAGUCCUCUGGGUGAACAUCUGCGUAAACAUUGUGCCAAAUGAAAUUAUCAACGCCAGCAGAGGCUGGUUAGUUGUUUCUGUUGAACAUAAACUCCAUUGUAAGGGUCUGAAGUAGCCUACUUUACCCUCUAGGUGCUAGCUUAAAUGCACAUGGCAAAAAAAGAGAAAAAUUAACAUCAGUUUUCUUCAUACAAGCCUUUUGAUAAACAUCUGCGUAAAGAGUGCUUCAAAGAAAAAGAGCCAGGCUAGCAGAGCUGUCUAUACAGGACAAAUGAUGCUGGGCUGAAUUUAGUUUUUGUAGAACUUCCAGACCAGUAGUGGGUGCUGUUGGUCUCUAUACUUACAUUACACUGUCAUAUAGGCUCUAGCUUAUAUGCUAACAGCAAAAAAUGAGGAAAAUUUACAUCAGUCGUCUAACUCUUUUUGAGAGGUUUAUCAUAUAAUAUUUUACCUCUAGGUUUGAAUGCAUAUUUGAACUUUGGGGUAAAAGUGGCAGCGCUGUUUGUCGUUGAUCAAUUUUUGAAAAGUUUAUGUGUACAAGAAAACAAGAGGCUGAUCUUUUGGUCUUUGUCAAUAACGACCACCGUGUAUAGACGCCGACUUCUGCAAAGUAGCACUUAUUUAUUGAACCCGCUAACCCAGCAAACCGCAGAGGCAGCUUCUGCAUGGUUACGCAGUUAAGAAAGAGUUCAGAUAAAGUGGAAGCUCCAGAUUUACAUGAACGUCAGAUGUGGUUUUUAGGUGAUUCAUGUCACGACUUCAGCUCCUGCUUCCACACUGUAAUAAAGACAGGGAAACAGUUUCCGUUCACUAAUCCAAGUUUAAACAGCAGCCUCAUAAGAACACGAUGAUGAUUUUUAUUUUUAUUUUUUUAUCAUUUCAAAGAACCACAGACCUGAUGCUCAGUUACCAACAGCCCUGCAAUAACACCAUUAACACUUUUGUUUGUAUGAAAAACAGAGGUGCAGAGGUCAUAGGUAAACUGUGUGAGAACCAGAAGUGAAAGUGAAACUCAUGUUGAACUCAACAGUUUCCUUGAUCCUGAAACUGUUAUUUUUUAUUAUUAUUGUUUCAGUUGUACUACAGUAUGAUGGGUAUUACUACUUGAUGCACGUUAUGGGAAUGGUGGCCAUUACAAAUUGUUUUAUUUUUAUAUUUUUCUGCAUUGAAUGUACUAUAAAUAUGUUGUUUUUUUAAUAUUUACUUUGUACUUCUGCAUUAUUUCAAUGUUUGUACCAUUGAUGUACUUUUUCUUUAAAUAUCUUUUAUCUUAUUUUUAUCUAAAUAGCUUUAGUUUCUAUCGAAAGCUGAAAGCUCUGUGCAAUUAACUGCUUUUUUUGUUCAAACAUCUGUCUCAUCAUUCCUGCAAGAGUGGUGGUUGGUGGAACUUUGUAGAAUAACCACUGAAGCACAUACGAGUGUUUGAUAAACCAAUGGAAACGAAAAGCCAUUUUCACACACGUUGACUGUUUUGAACGAUUUGUCGGUGGAAAAAGAGAGAAACGUGUGGGGAUGUGAUGUGAUGUAGCAAAGUGUGCUGAUGUGUUUCAAAUCUGUGGAUGAUUGUCAGACCCAGCAGUCUGUCUGUCUGUCUCUCUCUUGCUGUCUGUCUGUCUCUCUCUCGCUGUCUGUCUGUCUGUCUCUCUCUCUCGCUGUCUCUCUCUCUGUCAGUGCACUGGUGGGUUCAUUGGAUUAUAUAUUAAACCAGUUUUUUCUGAAAUGUGG